CGGAAGUGGGUCAGUCGCCGCGCCUGCGCAGUGGCUGUGCCCGAGUCCCUGUAAAGAUGUCUGAGCAGGCGGGGAGGGAGCGGAGCGGACGACUGGAAAGCAGCGCGGAGAAGCUCCGACUAUCUGCUAUUUGACCGCGGAAGGUCCGACUGUGAUGAGCAGCUAAAAUGUCCAGUAACAGCCAGGGAUCUGUGAAGGGAGAGGCAGCCACCAUGGUGUCCCCUUCUGCCUCUGCCUCCUCUCAUGGACCGCCUCUUUCUCCGUCCACCACAUCCAAAUCACCUGAACUUCCAGAUGAGUUGGUCCAGGCCGGCUGGUCCAAAUGUUGGUCAAAAAGGGAGAACCGACCGUACUACUUUAACAGAUUUACCAAUCAGAGCCUGUGGGAGGUGCCUGUGCUGGGUCAACAUGAUGUCAUCUCCGACCCACUGGGUCUAAACGCUGCUCCCGCAGAAGCCGGGGAUGGUAACCUUGGAAACGGCCAGAGGAAGAGGAGGAGCUCUGAGGAGCAGGGGGCGGGGCUAAACAGUGCAAAACGAGCCAAGGUGGAGCCAACCACACCUAUCUCUCCCAGCACACCUGGAGUCAAACCUUGGAGCUCCGCCCCUGAAGAGAAGCCGGUUCCAGCCCCCACUCCCACAACUCCCACUCCGGCCCCCGCCCCUUACCGACCAGCUGUAGUCUACUGGGAUCUGGAUAUUCAGACCAACGCUGUGAUCAGAGAGCGCUCAGCAGCCAAUCACCUGCCGCCGCACCCCGAGAUCGAGCUGCAGCGAGCGCAGCUGGUCACUAAGCUGAGGCAACACUAUGCUGAGCUGUGCCACCAGAGAGAAGGCAUCGACCCACCGCGGGAGUCAUUCAACCGAUGGCUGUUGGAGAGGAAAGUGAUGGAUAAAGGUCAUGAUCCGUUAUUGCCGAGCGAAUGUGAGCCCGUCGUCUCUCCGUCCAUGUUCCGGGAGGUCAUGAAUGAUAUUCCCAUCAGGUUGUCCCGCAUCAAGUACAAGGAUGACGCUCGGAGGCUCCUCUUCAAGUACGCCGAAGCCGCCAAGAGGAUGAUAGACACCAGAAAUGCGAGUCCGGAGAGCAGGAAGGUGGUAAAGUGGAACGCGGAGGACACCAUGAACUGGCUACGCAGGGAUCACUCCGCCAGCAAAGAAGACUACAUGGACCGCCUGGAACACCUGAGGCAGCAGUGUGGGCCUCACGUCACUGCUGUCGCCAAAGACUCCGUGGAAGGAAUCUGCUCCAAGAUCUACCAGCUUUCAGCCGACUACAGCCGCCGCCUGAGACAGACACACCUGAACCUGCUGCAGGACCCCUCCACAGAAACGUCAACGCCUCAGUCGCGGCUCGUCUACUGUUACCCGGUUCGCCUUUCGAUCCCGACCCCCACCUUGCCCCGGGUGGAGCUGCACUUUGAGAACGACAUGGCAUGUCUUCGCUUCAGAGGAGAGAUGCUGAAAAUUAACAGAGGACACUUCAGCAAGCUGGAGUUGCUGUACAGGUACAGCUGUAUUGAUGACUCUCGGUUUGAGAAGUUCCUGGCCAGAGUUUGGUGCCUCCUCAAGAGAUACCAGGCAAUGUUUGGCAGUGGAGUUCAUGAAGGGACCGGUUUACAGGGGGCGCUGCCGGUGGCGGUAUUCGAGGCAUUGAAUCGACACUUUGGCGUCACCUUCGAGUGUUUCGCCUCGCCGCUUAACUGCUACUUUAAACAGUUCUGCUCCGCCUUCCCUGACAUUGAUGGCUUCUUCGGAUCCAGAGGGCCCUUCCUGUCCUUCAGUCCAGUCAGUGGCUCAUUUGAAGCCAAUCCUCCAUUCUGUGAGGAGCUGAUGGACGCCAUGGUGACCCACUUUGAGGAACUGUUGAGUCAGUCUUCCGAGCCUCUGUCCUUCGUCGUCUUCAUCCCUGAGUGGCGUAACCCAGUGACUCCGGCCCUGACCCGGAUGGAGGCUAGUCGAUUCCGCCGCCACCAGCUGACCAUUCAAGCCUAUGAGCACGAGUACCGCUCUGGGAGUCAGCACGUCUGCAAGCGGGAUGAGAUGUACUACCGGGCCGUUCAUGGUACCGCGGUGAUUUUCCUCCAGAAUGACGCCGGAUUCGCUAAGUGGGCUCCGACACCAGAGCGUCUGGCGGAGCUGAACGCGGCCUACCGCCCCACUCUGUCCCGCACUUCCUCACUGUCCACACCGGGUCCCGCCCAGUCGGCUUCUGGAGACAAAGACUCCACCCCUAAGGCCUCUGAUAGGACACAGAGUGGUAUGAUGUCACCUGGUGGCCAUGACAACAACAACAACAAUGGCAGCAGCAGCAGUAGUAGCAGCAGCCCUCAAGACAAGCUCACUGCUCCGUAGAGGGGCGUGGUCUGCAGUGACCACGCCCCCGAUGUAAAUGUGUGUUUACAAAUGUCCUUUGUUCCUCUCAAAAUGUCCCUCACCAGCACCUGUAGCACAUCCUCACCUCUGAUCAAUAAUCUACCACCGCCAUCAGGGGGCGGAGCCUCGCUCCAACUGCACUACAUCUUUUUAGUUUGUUGGCUGCUCUGAUUGGUUGAAGCUCAUCUCAGAGUGACGUCAGUAUGGAUAGAUAAUAGGAAGCAGCUGAUUCAGAGCACCAGCAAUAAAAUCCCACCUGGGAGAAGACCCCUGAUUGGUCCAUUCUCCCCUCAAAGGCUGGUGAUUGGUUGUCAUGGCAGCUAUCAUUUCUGGGACUCGUCUUUGUUUGACUCAAAUGCAAUCUCAUCUCCUCACCGUUAAAACCAAGCUGGGUUCUGAGUAGUUGAUGAGAACAGAUGAGUUGUGGCCACUGCCUCAGAGGGGCGGGGCAUCAAGUACAUCUUAGGCUCGUUUGUCCAUCCUGCCUUCUAAUCAGAAUAAUCAUUUUUUAUUCCCAAUCGUUUUCAUAAUCAGAUGAGUUCUGACCCUUUUUAUAAGUUUUACACAGAUAAGAUCUGUUUUGGGGGGGGGGUUCAGUUUUGUCCAGUUAAAUCAAAUGGACUCUAAUCUAGGUCGGUCCCAUUUAGCACUAUUUAACUUCAUCUGUUUUUCUUUGACACAUUGAAAUCUGUUUGGUUCUGGUUUGAUCUAGUUUAACUUGGUUAGACCUAAUCUGAUCUUGUACUUGUUUCUCUAUUCGCUCUGUUCUGGUUUAUUUUGCUAAUCUGUAAUAGGAAAAAAAAAUGUGAAACAACUGACUCCUACUUGUCACCACCGGUGGCUGGGUGCUCUCUGAUUGGCUGGUGGUGGACCUAUCAGACUCCUGUCUGUGUGUAGAUACUGUACAGCUGGACUGGUCUGAGGUCUUGGUGUUUGUUUUGCUGUUGAACAGUUUUUAAUUUGUUCUAAUUUAACCUUUUUAAGCAAUGAAAUGUUGAUGUUUUCAUUCUCACUGUUUAUUUUAACCAAACCAAAGUGUUUUAUGAUGUAUAUGAGUGUGUACAGUAGAGCUGUGUAUGACUGACAGCUGGGAUCCUUCUGCUCUCUGCAUGAAAUCAGUGGACUCUGAUCAUGGAGGAAGUUGUAACCUGGACUCUCGGUCCACCCAGGAGGCCUUUCGGCUUCAGUGUAAAUUCAGUCUUUCCUUCAUGCUGCCGGCAGACAACCUGCAGCUUCUCUCCUAGUAAAAAUAUAUCCAGCCCAGAAAUAA